CCACCUGGGCCUGGAUUACAGAUAUUAUUUUGAACUCUGAACUUUUUCAUCUCCUCAAGAGGUUCUUUGUUAAUCCUGAUUUUUUGUUUUUUUUUCAGUACAUAUUCGUCUCCUUACUCUCCAGAGAUUCCACAUACAAACUGCUCAGAUCUGUGUGUGGACACUUAGACAAUUCGAGUGUUGGUAACAGUCCCAAUCCAUCUUCUCCUGAAAACAGCUUCCGGGAAGACCGCCCUUCAUCUUUGCCUCUGGACUUCAAUGAUGAAUUCUCAGACCUCGAUGGAGUGGUUGAACAAAGAAGGCAGGGCAUGGAAGGGUACAGCAGUUCGGGUUCUCAGACUCCGGAAUCAGAGAACUCCCGAGACUUCCACGUGACAGAAUCCCAGACAGUUCUGAAUGCCACCAAAGGGGAGGCAAAACCACCUCGGGCCGACACGCAUUUGAACAGAGUGCCUGAUGGCAAAGCCAAGACCCUUCCCACACAUG